GGUGGAAGCGGUACCUUUAUGUAUCUGUCGGGGGUGGUCUUAAUCAGCAACGACGAGGAAUUGCCAACGCGGUAGUUGUUGCAAGAAUUGUGAAUGCUACUCUCGUUGUUCCCAGAUUAAUCGUACAUCCAGCCUGGGGUGACCAAAGCAAGUUUUCAGAGAUUUUCAGUGUCUCUCACUUCGUUCAGACGCUGAAGAAAGAUGUGGAAGUGAUUGAGUAA